AAUUUUCUUUAGUCUUAAUAUUGCGUAAUAAUUAUAUUUUUUAUUUUGGAUUUGGGAGAUUUGUGUUUUUUAUUAUUGGCAUAUUUGUUCGUAACGUGUAAGCAAUUUUUUGGUACCAGAGAAAAGAUGUCGGGUGUAUCACUAGCAGUACCGGCGGUUCCUGGUUCCGAGCCUGAUCGGACCACCACCCCAACUCCAAACUCCGCCAAGCGCCACCGCCAGACGCCACCAGCCACCGGUGGCACUGUAAUGGGAUCCCUUCGUUUGAUUGAGUUACAACUAGUGGCCUUCAUUAUGGUUUUUUCAGCCAGUGGCCUUGUUCCACUCCUCGACCUCAUCUUCCCAGCCUUCGCAACCGCGUAUAUUAUCGCGCUUUCGCGUUUAGCCUUUCCCGCACAUGGAAAAACCUCGGAAUCCCUCGAAAUAUUCCAAGGCAGUCGAUUUUUCCGAGUCUAUGUAAUUGUCGGAACAACUGUUGGCCUGUUUUUGCCAUUGGCUUAUAUUUUGGGUGGAUUUGCAAGAGGGGAUGAACAUGCUGUUCGAUCGGCCACGCCUCAUCUGUUCUUGCUAUCUUUUCAAAUACUUACAGAAAACAUCAUAAGUGGGCUGUCGUUGUUUUCGCCUCCGGUGAGAGCACUUGUCCCUUUGAUUUACACUGUUCGUAGGAUUUUUGUGGAUCUUGAUUGGAUUAAGGAUGUCUGGAUUAAUAAAACCUUGCCUGCAAAUGCUGCACUCCAGGAUGUGGCUUGGCAUUGGUUCGGAAGGGUGCUGUCAAUAGCAAAUCUAACAUAUUUCUCGAUCAAUUUGUUCGGUUUUUUGCUUCCUCGUUUCCUUCCGAGGGCCUUUGAGAGGUAUUUUAAGGCGCGGGAUGAGGUGCGGGCAAAGAUGGCUGAAGACAAGCAUUCAGCAGCAAUGAACGACUCUCAACACUCAGAUAAGAAGGCUAAUUAGCUACUACAUUUUUUUAUUUUUAUUUUUUGUGCAUGUUUUUGUGGACUGAUCCAUUUAACAUUUCUAAUUUGCAGCAUGUUUUGGUUUUGUAUUAUUUCAUGGUAGUUGAACAGAUAUGUUGGUUCGUGGUUUCUUUGAUUUCAUCUUGUGGUUUUUGUUGGGGAACACAUUAUAUAUGAUUCAAUUUAAGCAACAUAUUAUGUUUUUUUAA